CUAAUGGGUGACGAGCGGCAGAGGUUUCCCCCAUUCCUUCAUGCGGACCGCCUCUGGGGGAAUUGCACCCACCGACUCUCCGCCAAAAACUACGCAGCUAGGCCGCCUCAGGCCCAGUCCGUGACCCAGGCCAACCUCGCUUCCGAAAGCGCUCGGGGAAAGCGCCCCCACCAGCAGCCUCGCUCACCCUCGGCCGUUUCGCCCAGCCAACGGAAGAAACGAGCCGGUCACCUGACCGAUCCGGGGAGGCUCGGAACCUUCCAGGAGACUUUUAGGCAGCGACCCAGGCAGGAGGCAGCGGCCGGGCCGCUCCACCAAGGCUCAGGGCAGUUCUGCUCACAUUCGCUUGGAGGACCGCCAGCAAGCGAAGAGCGAAAGCAACCCGUAAAUCCUCGGCGCCCGGGCCUCGGCGGGAGGUUCAGCACGUCCUCCGCAGAUUGCAAAGAGCCCGAGGCCGGCCGAUUCCGCCUUCCGCUACGCCGCGGAGGCUUCUGGACGGGAAAGUCCGCGCGUCCUGUGAUUGCUCUGUGCUGGAACGCUGCUGGCAGGACCGCAAUCGUGGAUGUCCAGGCGGACACCAAAGAACUGUCUUGUCGUGGGACAAUCGGAGGAAGGCCAACGGAGGCAUCGCCGGUAUUGCCCCCGAACGCUUUAUACCUCUCGCCACGCCGGCCAUGUGGGCGACGGCCUUUUGCGCCCUGCGAAAACUACAUUUCCCAUAGUACGUCGCGUUCGAGCACCAUGGAGUUACAGGUGGUCCAUCUGGAGAAGAGGAUCCGAGACCUCCUGGAAAAUCUGGGCUUUGAGAUUUAUCCAUUUAAGGUAGGAUGGUACAAUGAGGUCCUUCCUCCAGCUUUGCAUUUGCGGUACUCUGAUAAUACUCUGGCGUUUGUAGUACUUAGCGUUCCUGCCAUGUUUGACAAGGCAUUCAAACCCUUCCUGAAGAAACAGCUGCUGAAGAAGAUUCAUGAUCCAGUGGAUCAAUGCAUUUCUUAUCAUCUCUCGCUGGUUAGGGAGAGUCUUGCUGACCAGCAGGUGGAUAUCAUGUAUGAUUAUGAGAUCCUGCCCAACCGGAAGCCCAGAUUCCUGGCCCAAACAGCAGCACAUGUGGCUGGCGCUGCAUACCUCUACCAGAGAAAAGAUGUGCAUCAGGAUUCCUGGGGAGAAAAAAAGAUCUAUGGUGUUUGCAUUCACCCCUCUUAUGGAGGUUGGUUUGCAAUCCGGGGUCUUCUGCUUUUCCCAGAUAUCAAGGUACCCUUCUUGCUGCAGAAAAGCCCUAUUGAUUGUGUACCAACAGAGGAAAAAAGAAUAGAGCUGCUGGAGAAAUUCAAUUUCCACUGGCGGGACUGGAGCUAUCGGGAUAUUAUUGAAGUGAAAGAUAAAUACUCAGAAGAACAGAAAAUCUACUUUGCAACUCCUCCAGCUGAGCGGUUAAAAUUGCUGAAAUUGCAAGAAGAAUUGCAGAGAAAUGUAGUACUCUAAGUAGCUAUUUUCCCUGUGCAAAAGGAUACAAAACACAUUCUGUUGUGCCCGCUGCUGUAGGGACAGAAUUGAGAGUUGAGUUGGUAAACCCAAGGUGGAAGGCAAGUGCACUUUGCAUGGAGUAAGUGAACACAGAAGGACUUGCUUUCAAAUAAACAUAGAAUUGUAUUAUGAUAUUAGUAAUACUUAAAGCCUGUACAUUCAGGCAUAGAAAUUUUAUUUUAUUAGUAAUUGGGGAAGGGCGUUGGAAUGAUUCUUUGGUAGCAGGGGUAAAAUCAUAGCCUGUUUGUUGUAUGCUUAGGAAAGACAUAUUUGUAGAUUGCACUUUUUGCUAUCCUGUGGGAGAAAUUCUCCAGACAGCAAAUGUUUUGAAGUGUACUGUCUAGUCUUUCACAGUAUAAAGUUAUUUCUGGUACGAUAUCAUUUUAGUGAUUCUCAGCACAUACUCUGAAGCUUUGAAAUCCUUUCAUUUUGUUUGUUUGGUUGAUUUCCUUCCUUUCUUCACUUCUAGUAAAGCAUUUGGGGGGCUGUGUAACCCAUGUGAUGAAGGAAAAUUAAACUGUUUUAAAGAAAGCACAAUUAAAAGAAGCCAAAUGAUCUGACUCUUUGUAUUCUAUGGUAAUUAUGUGGUGAUUGGGUAGCAAUUACAGUUCAGUGAAUAGCAGUUUAGAUUCAUUUUUUUUUUUAUCAAAACAAUCCUGCAAAAUUAUGCUGCUGAAAAUGGAUAAUUUUGCUGCUAAAUUUUGUGCUAGAGCCAUGUGUUGCCUGCAGGGCACAGUUGUCCUCCCUUAACAUAGGGUGUAUAUGGAAACAGGUGCAUUCAGGCAGGAAUUCUUACUACGUUAUAAAAAUGCUUCGUGACCACUAAUGAAGACACUUCUGGUUGAAGAAGAGCCAAAGGACAAUUGACUCUGCAAGUGUACAGAAUGGGCCUUCCUGUCUCACCUCACUGAUAGUGUUACUUUCCCCCCAUAGUUUUAAUGUGAUUUUCAAACAGCUUCAACUUCUUUUGUUCCAUCUCUCCCUAACCAAGGUUCUUUUGCUCUCUCAUUUUCAUUAAAAAAAGUUGUUUGCAUAACUUUUGUAAUAGUCUACUAUAUGACAAAUCCUGUAGGUUUUGAAUGUACAUUUUCAGUCUUCUUAUAUGAUUUGAAAAUACAAUGCAACCCUUAAAAUAAAUUAAGACAGUUAAUACAGAAACAUCUCCCACCUAAACCAGUAAAAAGGUGCCCUCAAUGCUGUCACCACCUACACAUGCAAAAGAGCCCUGUCCACUUUGUAUUGUAGUCCCUCAUUUGCAGUCUGCCUUCACCUAAAACAAAUGUGUGGUUUCCGAUAAUCAAAAGAUUGUCAACUGCCACUCUGUUAAAAGAAAGAAAUACAUUUUUUGUCCAUACUGCAUACAUCAGGUGUGUAAGGAAAAUGGAACAAUAUGGCAUAAAGAAAUUAUUCAUUAACAUUCAUCCCGGAGAAGCCACAAUGACAUCAAAAUGAUGGCAUGUGUUUCAUGAUGCCAUUGUGCAAAGGAUGAGAAUUAUGGACUUGUGUUAGUUUGCAGUACAUUGCAUCAUGACACAGUUAUGUCAUUGUGUCAUUUGUACUAUGAUAUGAUGCGUGUGACAUCACUUCCCUUCUCCCCCCCCCGCCAACACAGAUGCAGAUAUCAGCUAUUCUGUAAGUAGCAUCUAGGUUAACCUAACAUAAUCUGGUUUGUUUAGCUUUGUCUUAGCUUUUGGAAAGCUGUGAAAAUAUGGCUUUUCUGACAGGACUUUUAGAAACUACGCUUUGCUUUCCCUCUGAUCAGCAGUGUUUUUUUUUUUUUUAAAUUGAGUUACAUUUAUUGUCUUUAUUUGCAUCAUUUGAUUUGUAAACUACGUAGAGAUGGGUAAUCAUAGUGAUGUGGAAAUCCUGGAAAUAAAAUAAAUAUGUAUCUGUAAGCUAUAUAUAUAUUCUGAAAAGAGAAUAAAGCUGUAAGAUAGACAGAGUUUUAUCAAGUAAUGUGAUUCUUACUUUUCUUACUCAAAAAUGUGGCUGAAGCUCAUUAUAGUGAAAUCUUCUGGGUGGUUUCUCCUUUUCCUGAUGUCAGUGCCAGUGCUUGGGCAUGGACAGGAAGAACCUUAAAAUGUCAGAGAUACAAAUCCCAGCUGAAUGAGCCAGAACACAGAGGAAAAUAUUGUGUCAGA